AAACCUUGGCGCACGGCGUCCGGCGAUGAGCGCAGGCAGACGGCGCGGAUGUUGCGCAUGAGGCGGAGAGGAGCGGCGACUCACCCAAGUUGUCGUCCAGUAUCGCGCGCCGAGGAGCGCCAACAACUUUGAGCGAACUCGUCACCCCGGCUGGCCGUCGCGAUCGGAAUUGAGUCCGCCGCCGUGCGCCUUUUUUCCCCAGCCCUCCUCCUCUUCUUCUUCUUCUUCUUCUUUCGCGCUUCUUGUAUGCGCAACCAAGGUGGCGUUGAGUUGCGUUUGUGAACGGAAAGUGACAUGCAGGUGCUCGGAUGGACUGCGCUCGUCCUCUGCCAGUGGAUCCUGCGUAAGGUCCAAGGGUUGGAGAAGCGAGUGGACUUCUCAGACCUGGGCCCGAUGGCCUCGGCAAUGAAGACUCUCCCUUACGGCAUGGGUGGAGGCACAGGUGGCGGACAACCGGGAGGAGCGGUUAAGCCGCCGUACCAAACCCGAAUCUUCUCCACCUCUUUCGAUCAGACGCCUAUAAAAGCCAAGCCGCCCACUUACAGUUUCUUUAACCCGUACGAAGCAGCCCGGAACCAGUCGCUGCUGCUAGACCAAACAGGCUACCGCUCUAAGCGUAAGCCCUCACUGAAGACGGCCAUGAAGACCAAGAAGAUCUUCGGCUGGGGGGAUUUCUACUUCAACGUCAAGACGCUCAAGUUUAGCUUGCUUGUGACAGGGAAGAUCGUGGACCACAUCAACGGCACGUUUACCGUUUACUUUCGCCACAAUUCCUCCAGUCUCGGAAACGUGUCGGUCAGCAUUGUGCCGCCAACUAAAGUGGUGGAGUUUGAGGUCUUCCAGCAGCAGCAGUUCCUCCACCCCAACACCCAACAGGAGGUACAGCUCCACGAGUCCCAGCAAACCACCAUCAACCCCAAAGAGGUUAAGACAUUCAACUGCCGUGUGGAGUACGAGAAAACCAACAGAUCUAAGAAGCCCAAGCCCUGCCUGUACGACCCGUCUCAGACGUGCUUCACGGAGCACACGCAGUCCCACGCCGCCUGGCUCUGCGCCAAGCCCUUCAAAGUCAUCUGCAUCUUCAUUUCCUUCUUUAGCAUCGACUACAAGCUGGUUCAGAAGGUGUGCCCGGACUACAAUUUCCAAAGUGAGCACCCUUACUUUGGAUAAGUCAAACGCAGACAGCAGUGAGGAUGACAACGAUGGGAAUGAUAGUCAUAUCGAUUACAAGGAUGGACCAGGGGACAGUUUCUUGCCUCUACACUGCUGUGAAUUGUGGAUUUAAAUCAAGUACAGUGGUACCUUGACUUACGAGUGCCCCAACGUACGGGUUUUUCAAGUUACAAGCCGUUGAGUAGUUUAUUUUUCUGUGUCAAUGUACUUCCAAGCAUUCAUCGAACAGGACAAACAAUCAAACACACAAAUACAAAAUGAAAACACUUGCAAGGAGCAUGGAGAACCACAUGGUAAAUUUCCAACCGGAGGUGGAGUCAGAGCUCCUGACAUCACGAACCAAUGGCCCGACAGUGAGUGUGUGUCUGAGACAUUCGGUUUAAUUAUACUUUGUGAAACCAUUAUUUCUUAUAUUCUUAUUUACUAUGUUUUAUGUUUAUUAUUUCCAAUACAGUGCUAGUUCUCUAUGUUAAAAACAGAAGAAAAAUGUUGUUUUUUGUGGGGGGGUGCCAGAAUGGAUUAAGGGCAUUUCAAUUCAUUUAAAUGGGGAAAAUCUAUUUUACAAACGAGUAAAUGGAGCCCACGACACUACUGAGGAUAAGCGGUACAGAAAAUGGAUGGAUAGAUGGAGUAAAUUGCGUUACAAGGUUGGUUAAGGAAAUAAAAAAAACUCAUAAGUCAAGGUACCGCUGUAUUAUCAAUGUUAUAGAUGCCAAGGUUGAGUCAUUUUCCCCCUUACCCCUGAAACUUUGGUAACUUCUGUUUUUGCAAUUGUAUCUGUAAAUAUUGAUCUCAACCCUCAGCACACUAAUUGUUUUUAGAUAAUUGUUUCUCCGUGUUAUUACUUUUUGAAAAUCAAUACGCCCUCCCGAGUACAAAACGAACCUCUAAGGCAGCCAUCACCAUAUGUCCAGUAUCUCACACAAGUGAGUACAUCCCUCACAUGUUUGUAAAUAUUGAAUUAUAGCUUGUCAUGGGACAACACUGAAGAAAUUACACUUUGCUACAGCAUGGUGUACAACUUGUAGGGUACAUUUACUGUCCCCUCAAAAUAACUCAUCGGACUGCCGUUACUGUUACAAGGUCCCAAGUGUGAAUGGGCAACAGGUGUGUUAAAUGUGGUGUUAGCGCUCCCACACUCUCUCAUGCUGGUUAGUUCAAUAUGGCACCUCAUGUUUACAAAAAUGUGAGGGGUCUAUGCACUUUUGUGAGGUACUGUAUGGCAGCAGUUGUGUUUUUUGAUAGACUGACUGUUACUCAUCCCCUGUGCUCUACAUUUCUAUCUUCCGGUUAUAAGAGAGUUAUAUGUAUGAGA